AUGGCAGCAGAGGCACCAUGCUACACAGUCAGCCCAACCACGCAGGAGCUUAGGGCUUCUCUCGAGAAAGGGACUGACGAAGACAGACUGGAUACGUUGCGCAGGACUAUUGUGUCGACGAUUAAUGGGAACCCUCAGAACAAGCAACUCAAAAAGCUGCUUCACUUCUACUGGGAGGUGUGUCCCAAGUAUGACGAGAACGGGAAGCUUAAGCAGGAGAUGAUUCUCGUUGUCAAUGCCAUCCAAAACGACCUGCAACACCCCAACGAAUAUAUCCGUGGCGCUACCCUACGCUUCCUUCAAAAGAUAUCCAAAGAUGCCGAACUCCUUGAACCUCUCAUCCCCACCUGCCGCAGCUGUCUCGAGCACCGUCAUUCCUACGUCCGCAAGAAUGCCGUAUUUGCUACUUUCAUUGCCGCAGAGUCUGACGCGACGUGCAACCAUAACGCAUUCGUGUUCCUCGCGCAUUGCGCGAUGCCUAAAGCUGUGGAGUGGUUGAGUAGCGUGUAUGAUCAGCUGACGAAUCCAGAUGAGCUCUUGCAAAUGAGCAUCAUAGAAGUCAUCAGGUUGGAUUGUAAGAACGACACAACGCAUCGACCGCGAUAUAUCAGGUGCAUGUUUGAAUUGUUGAAUUCAUCAUCACAUGCAGUAAAAUACGAAGCUGCUACGACCCUCACCACACUCACGCAGAAUUCUGCUGCUGUGAAAGCAGCCGCCUCGUGCUUUGUUAAUCUGGUCAUUAAAGAAUCCGACAACAACGUUAAGCUGAUCGUCCUGGAUCACCUGGAUACCCUACGCUCCAAGCAUGGUCAUAUUCUAGAUGGACUGACAAUGGACAUCUUACAGGUCUUGUCGAGCGCUGACAUGGAGGUCCGAAGGAAAGCAAUGAGCAUUGUACUCAGCAUGACCUCGAAUCGGAACGUCGAGGAAGUUGUUCUCUUCCUCAAGAAGCAGCUACAGCAGACACAGGAACGCGAGUUCGAGAAGGCCCUGGAGUACAGGCAACUUCUAAUCCAAUCGAUCCACGUGUUAGCAGUCAAGUUUUCUGAGGUGGCUGCAAGUGUUGUCCAUGCACUCAUGGAAUUCCUUGGGGAUUCGAAUAACCCUUCUGCGCUAGACGUCGUGUCCUUCGUUCGCGAUAUAAAAUCCGGUAAAGCCUUCCGCGGCGUCCUCCGGAUCCUGGGCGAGUACGUCGAAGGCCUGUCAGACAUCCAGGCCACAUUCCAGGACAUCCGCAAAGUGCUUGGCGAGAUCCCUAUCCUUGCGAGCGAGCAGCGGUUACUGGACGAGACUGGCGGAGAGGAGGACAAGAAGGAGGACAAGAAAGUCGAGGGAAGCGGGCGGCCAAAGGUACUUGCUGACGGGACAUAUGCGACGGAGACGGCGUACACUAAUGCCACCUCAACGAGAUUAGAGGCUGUCAAGGCUGCGUCCAAGCCGCCAUUGAGAGCCCUCAUAUUGGGAGGCGACUUUUUCACGGGUUCGCAUUCACCGAUGCCCACCCAGUCCAUGUUAAUCAUGACGUCUAUUAUCCGCGUCGGCCAGUCGAAGUUUGAUUCCAACGAGCGUAUUCUUAAUUGCAUACAAACCCUAAGCGAGCUCCAGGAAAAGUCCAUUGUUCACGAUAUCUUCUUGAAGAACACAAAAACGGCAUACUCCAAGAUGCUCGUCGCUCAGGAGGUGCGCAGUUCUCGAAAAAGUCGCAUAUCCCAGCUCACAGGUUUUUCGGAUCCUAUAUAUGCGGAAGCAUAUGUCAAGAUGCACGGAUUCGAUAUCAUGCUUGAUGUGCUUCUGGUCAACCAGACGUCUAAUACGCUGCAGAAUCUUUGUCUUGACUUCGCAACGCUUGGUGACCUCAAACUGGUCGAACGACCUGCUGUAUAUACCAUAGCGCCUCAUGGUUUCCAUAGUAUCAAGGCAACAAUCAAGGUUUCGUCAACAGAGACUGGCGUCAUAUUUGGCAGCAUCCUAUUGGAUGGCCCUGCCCUCGCUGAAUGCUGUGUUAUCUUGAACGACAUCCACAUCGACAUCAUGGACUAUCAAACCCGCUUCCGAACCAUGUGGACAGAGUUUGAGUGGGAGAACAGGGUUAACGUGUCGACGAACAUGACUGACCCUCGCGACUACCUGAAGCACGUCAUGAAGUCUACGAACAUGUCUUGUCUCAUGCCAGAGGGAGCAAUGUCGGGUGAUUGUGAUUUCCUAUCUGCCAACUUGUAUGCUCGAAGUUUGUUCGGCGAGGAUGCUUUAGCCAAUCUUAGCAUCGAGAAGACGGAGGCUGGGAUUGUAGGCCACGUUCGUAUUCGGAGCAAAACGCAGGGCAUUGCUUUAUCGCUAAUCGACCGUAUCACAAUGUCUCAAAAGGAUAGCAAACCAUCGAUAUAGAGCAUGUAGACAU